UAUGUUGAAUUAUUUAAAAUGAAUUUGGGUUAAUGAAUUUGAAUUAAUGAAUUAAUUUAAAUGAAUUAUUUUUCUCAGUGUACUUUGUAGUAGUAACUAAUCGGUAAUUUCUCACAGUGUAUUCGCUGUGUGUACGCCUUGCCAGUAUCGAUUGUUUUGCCCAUGACCAUUUUAUCAUUUUGUUCCCAAAAAAAAAGAAACAGGCAGUGAUUUCCCGCCUGAAUGAGUGGCCCUCAUACUUGUUUACAAGUUAGCUCCAAAAAUGAUCAUAACAAGUUACCGUAUGACUACAAACAAAAUAGCAUAGCCAAUGGUAGUGAUAUUCACGGCAGCCAGACACCACGGCGACACUCAGGAUGGGUAGGCAGCCACCAACGACAACGAACAAACGCAUGCACAUGGCUGUUGGAUAGACAAAGGGCUAUGCUGAUGCGUUGGUCAGCCAGCCACAACAAGGGACACACACACGCACAUGUGGUUGGCAUAGGCAAGGGCCCCACAUGAUUGUUGGUCAGCCAGCAACGACAGCGACCAUACGCAUGUACAUUGGAUGGUUGAAGGGAGAAUGCCUGGCGUUGGAUGAUCGCUGCUGUGGUGAAUUUGAAAACCAGGUAUGAGUGAGAACGAAUAAAAGGAGGGGUGCAACAGGCAAAGGAGAUCAGAAGUCCACCGUCGGAGGCGAAGCAACGAGUGUGAAGCCAAGGAGAUAUCGAUACUUCACCUACAGCGUUACCGCCGCACCCAAUCAUGGAUCCCGAACAGACCCCGGUGAAAACAAAGGCCUAUUUCAAGCAGCAGUGGCAACAGCAAGAGACUGCACAAGGCAGCCGAGGCCCCGGCCGAUCAAUUCCCCGCAGAAGGCGCCCGCUAGAAUCCCGCAGACGGACCUCGAAGUCUCCUCGGCCACAGCAGUUGCAGCUACCCCCGUGCUACGUAAGGCUGGAGAGGAUGGUGACCAAGCCCGUCUCGCGCCCGGUAGUGGCGGUGCGACCAAUACCCAGGCCAGCCAUGGCACCGGGGCAAACUAGCGGUGAGGCGCAACCCAGGCUGAGGCCAGCAACACCCCCGGCACAGAGACCGCUGGUGGAACCCCUAGUGCGUAGGCCGACCGCACCCAUCCAGGACACAAUCGUCCUGUCGUCAGACUCCGAGGGGCCGCCGACACCGACGCGGCCAUACCGGUUGCUACCUAGACGUCCACCGACGCCCCCGCUGGAGGUAAUACAAAUUGUGGAAUUGUCAUCCGACGAGGAGGUACUGCCAAACUCGCUACCGCGCCCCUUCAGGUUCGUACCCUCAAAUCCACCGACCCCGCCGCCCGAGGUAUCCCCAGCUCAGAGUUCCGAUGAGUCAUCAGCUGAGGAGCUAGGCGUGAUGGGACCUGCACCGGCUGUGUCGACGUCGCCGCGUUACGUUGAUUCGACCGCUUCCGAGACGGAGAUGCCGACGUCCAGGCGAAACCCACGCUUGACAGCGACCCGGGUCCCGACCCCGCCACCAGCACGAUUGUCCAGCGCAAUUGUGGUACCGACGCCACCUCUACAGCGGAACUACGCCUACAACUGCCAAGAGCGCUUGCCGGACGAGGUCCAGCCGGCCCUCCAACGCCACAUCCGGGUAGCCCUAGCCUUCCAUGUGCCGCAUCGGCAGUACAAGAAGGUAGUGGAGAUCUGCGGCCGCCGCUACCGCAUUAUGGUUAACCGCCAAGGGAAGGUGUUCGUAAUGCCGAGAUGAACCAGCUCUUCCCGGAGGAGGGGAGUAGUGUGAUGACGGAAGUCGCUGGCUCGUUUCCGUCCACACUCAGUGGCGUCUCCAUUCGUGUUUAACCUGUGUUGCCUUUUUUAUGUUGAAUUAUUUAAAAUGAAUUUGGGUUAAUGAAUUUGAAUUAAUGAAUUAAUUUAAAUGAAUUAUUUUUCUCAGUGUACUUUGUAGUAGUAACUAAUCGGUAAUUUCUCACAGUGUAUUCGCUGUGUGUACGCCUUGCCAGUAUCGAUUGUUUUGCCCAUGACCAUUUUAUCAUUUUGUUCCCAAAAAA